UGAUGCUUCAGAUAAGAGUGCACAAGCAGCGGUAGUUUUGUUAGAGGAUGUGAAGAGUAAGUUUUCCACUAAACGGAACCAUGUCAAGAAGUCAAAAGGCAGACCGCGAGCUCACUGAGCUUCUCAACCAACUCUGGCGCCUGGACACCAACCGUUUCAAACCAGGGAGUGAUUACAUCAUUAACCUCCAGGGGAGGGCGGGUUAUGUGGCUCAGGGCAGCAACUAUGCCAGAGACAAAGCACGGGCUCCGCUUUUCUCAUACGUCAACGAAGAAAAACUCAAGAGUAUCGAGACAUAUGCUCACUUUGUCAACUUGCUGGACAACUACGAGGUAUCCACAGGUGUUUCAGAGACGGUAACAUCAGAGGAGCUGCAAGAGAACAGACUCUUCAUUGACUCUAUGAUGGAGACCGAGGUCAUGAAGUGUGCUCAUGAGUAUCUGGUCGGGAAGAGGCAGUCCCCAUCAAACCCUGCACAGUUCAAGAAACAGCUGUAUAACAUCUGGUUCCGCCUCUACCACAGGGACAGGAGCGGAGGUGAGGAUUCUUGUGGGUUUGAACACGUGUUUGUGGGAGAAACCAAGUACAACCAUGAGAUCAUGGGUCUUCACAACUGGAUCCAGUUUUACCUGCAGGAAAAACACAACCAUGUUGACUACAAAGGAUACAAAGCAAGAGACAAAAAAGAUUCGCCUGAUGAAGAUGACCAUGUGCUGAACCUGCAGUUCAGUUGGAAAGGUUUGGUGAAGCCGGUUGGCGGCUCCUUCAUUGGUGUCAGCCCAGAGUUUGAGGUAGCCCUCUUCACCAUCAUCUUCCUCAUGUCAACUGAGAAGAUGACGUCCGUGGUGGUGAAAGUGGACGAGUACGUGCUGGAGCUGGUUGUCUAUAGGCACGGGAGAUCCAUCGGCACAUCAUUCCCAAAGCUGCUCAGCAGCAACCACAGGGAUUUGUAAUAUUACACCACAAGUCAUUUACAGUUACAUAAACAAUUAUAGUUUUACACUUUAAUUUCUUUGCUAUGCAGUAUAAACCUUAGACUAAUCCAGAUAAGCUUUUGUUUGCACUAAACGUUAGGUUUAAACUGACUUUAUUGGAGUUUAAGACAUAACCUAAUGAUGUGGAUUGAUUUAAUGGAUGGUGUAUAACCUGUUAUUAUUCAUUUAACUGUCAUGUUCUGUAUAUGUUAUUGAAUAAAUAUUUUUAGUUUGAAAA